GAGCGCUCCGGCCGCCGGUGCCGCCCGCACUCCGCGCUCCCGCCCGGCGCCGCCGCUACCCGCGACCGGCGGCCGCCGCGCACGGCCCGCGCCCUCUCCCGCGCCGCGUCCGCCCGUUGUCCUGCCCCGCCAUGAAGUUGAGCGGCCGCGGCCGGGGAUGCUGCGCGGGCGGCAGCCGGGAGCGCGGGCCGCCGCCGCGGAGCCCCUUCGUGCACCAGCUGCGCUUCAGCCCUCUGGAGAAAGCCAAGAUUGCCUUCAUGACCUUGACUCUGUUUCCUAUCCGACUCUUUUUUGCUGCUUUUAUGAUGUUGCUGGCCUGGCCUUUUGCGUUCAUAGCUUCAAUGGGAUCUGAUGAGCAAGAGCUUGAAAAGCCCCUCUCCUGGUGGCGAAAGGUAGUGGAUAUUCUGCUGAAAGCAAUAAUGAGAAUGAUGUGGCUUGCUGGUGGAUUCCACUGGAUAAAUGUAAAAGGCAGACGGGCAUUGCCAGCAGAAGCAGCAAUAUUAACGGUGGCUCCCCAUUCUUCCUACUUUGAUGCCAUUCCAGUAACAAUGACCUUCGCCUCCAUUGUGAUGAAAGCAGAAAGCAAAGAUAUUCCUGUUUGGGGAACUCUGAUCAAGUAUAUCCGACCAGUAUUUGUGUCUCGGGCAGAUCAGGAUUCUCGCAGGAAAACUGUUGAAGAGAUAAAGAGGCGUGCCCAGUCUGGUGGUAAAUGGCCACAGAUAAUGAUAUUCCCAGAGGGCACUUGCACAAACCGAUCCUGUCUAAUUACAUUCAAACCUGGAGCAUUUAUUCCUGGGGUUCCUGUACAGCCUGUGGUUUUACGUUAUCCAAACAAACUGGACACAAUCACAUGGACGUGGCAAGGGCCAGGAGCGUUUGAAAUUCUGUGGCUUACUUUAUGUCAAUUUCACAAUUCUGUGGAAAUCGAGUUUCUACCCGUGUAUAUUCCUUCAGAAGAGGAAAGAAAAAAUCCAGUGUUAUAUGCCAAUAACGUCAGACGUGUAAUGGCACAGGCGUUGGGAGUUUCAGUGACCGACUACACAUUUGAAGACUGUCAGCUGGCUCUGGCUGAAGGACAGCUUCGUCUGCCUUCAGAUACGUGUCUUUUAGAAUUUGCAAAGCUUGUGAGAAGCCUUGGGUUGAAGCUGGAGACACUUGAAGAUGAUCUUGAUAAAUACGCUGCAAGUGCCAUGAAAAUGAAGAAAGAAAAGGUUGAUCUCAAAGAAUUUUCAGCCUACUUGGAAUUUCCAGUUUCUCAGACAUUAGAAAGUAUGUUUGCACUUUUUGAUGAGAAUGAAGAUGGUGUAAUUGACAUUCGGGAAUUUGUCGUUGCUCUGUCAGUUGUCUGUAAGCCAUCCAAAACUCUGGAAACAAUCCAGCUGGCAUUUCAGCUGUACCAGUCAGAAGGUGGAACUGUAACAGAAGAGGAUUUAGCUUGUAUUUUGAAGACUGCCAUGGGUGUGUCACAAAUUGAUGUUACACACCUUUUUAGAGCUGUAGAUGAAGAAGAAAAAGGAAAGAUUACAUAUGAUGACUUCUACACAUUUGCUGUGUUGCACCCACACUUUGCAGAAGACUAUCUCUAUGCUGAUCAGAUGGGAGCUGAGAGCGGCUUGGAGACUUCAUCUCUUUCUGCUCCUAAUGGUAUCUGUACUGACUUCAGCCCUGACAGCAGUGGAGAUAGAAGGAAGCCCUUGCAGAAGAAACUGAAUUAACACUACAACUGUUACCUUCCUCUCCUGGUGAGAGGGUUGUAUUUUCUUGGGAUUUUCAUAAGUCACUCCAAUUAUACAGCAAAUACCAGUUUUGUGUGUGAAAGUUCUACCUGAAUACCAUCCUUUGAAUCAUAUGUGCUGUAUUUAACAACAUGUUCCAGGUUACUUUGGGAAAGGUGUUUUUAUUUUUUUUGAAAAGGUCUUUGAAAGGCAAAAAUGUGAAUGUGCUUCAUUAUUAAUGUUCAUAUUUAAAAGGAAGCGGCACAACUUAUUUAUAUUCCAUUGGCUAGUUCCUUGUACAAAGUGUCGCACAAACUGUGCAUGUAUAAAGAAACUGUAGCUACUAUGGUGUAAAGUGCACUUUGGUGAUUAGUGUUUUCCCUAGUUACGGGGAUGUUUAUUUGGGGCCAAACUUUGCUGUCCAUAUCUGAAUAGUCAGUCUUGUUGAUUUUGGUGGGAUUAUUCUCUUGAGCAAGGCAAGCAUACUUUGGCCCUUUGUUUUGGUUUCAGUGAACAGUUUGGAAACAGUAAUACAAAAAAUUGCUAAGGAUUACUUUUUAUUUUUAUUGCUGAAUGAUAUAAUUAUUUCUCUUUCCAUGGUAGAAUGAAAAGGAAAGGCUCCUUAUCCCUCACCCCAACACUUUUUUACUGUAAUCUUACGGAUGCAAUUAAACAUUAAUUCUUUCCAAACUGACAUGCCACAUGCUGUUUGAAAAUACAUAACUGAACUGUUUGUGCUUUUCUCUUAUAACCAAUUCAAAUCAUGUCCACACAACAUUUUAUGGGAGAUGUUUACAGAGCUAUAUUUGUUUUAGAUUUAUCAGGAGUCACAGGUUUCUUUUGUAGCAAGCCUAUACAGAUAACGUAGCAUGGAAUGCAUCAUGAAAACUUUGGUGUAUCAGCACAAGUUGGAAAAGGUUGCAGUCACUUCAGAGGCCAAGCCAGCAACAAAUUGCAGAAUAUCCUGAAGAAGUGCUAGUUAAAUCUCUAUAGCAAUGUUACAUAUACUUCAUAGAACAUAUAUGAGGCUUAGAAUAGUUUAGAACUGUUAAAAAAACCACCACAGUUGUAUCAGUAAUACUUAUGUUUCCUUUUGUAGAGCCAGAUGCCUUAACUGCUACUGGAGGUCUCAGAAAAAUCUAGAUUAUUAUUAUAAAACCACAGAGCUUCAUUGAUUAGGAAAUAGGACAAAAGCCUCAAGGAGUAGGAAGGAGGACUCUGUUACAAAAUAACUGUGAUGGCAAAUCCGCUUCCAAACAAAAAAAUCUUUUAAGUCAUUUCUGACUAGUUUUGUGCAUGGAAAACCCUUGAGAUUUGAGUCUUCCAUAAAGGAAUUAAAACUAGAUUUGAAAGGGAAGAAUUUUAGCAAAGGAUGUCUGUUUGUACCAGAUGCUUUUAUGACUAUUGUUUAAAUAGCAGGAGGUGUUUUAAAGCUCAUUAGGAUAUUGGAAUCUGUCCUUAAAAAUCCCAAACUGUAUGUUGCAGGACUCCAAAUUGGAACUGCCUUUAAUAAAGAGGGUAGGAGGAAAAAGGUAAGAAAAUAUGCUUUAUGUGGGAGUAAUAAUUAAAUUUUUGAUUUAUCGAGGUAGCAAAAGCCAAGCUCACAAGGCAGCAGCAGACUGGCUGGCAACAUAUGAGUUAAAACUGAUCAUGAAAAACAGGAGAAAUUGAUUGAAAAAAUAAGGCAUGUGAGAAACUACACUAAAGUAGGAAUAGUCAGCUGCACAGAGAGGGAGUGAGUAUUACUGUCUUGAAGCAGGGAUGACACAGAAUAUGUCAAACUGAGCACUGUUAACUCUUUGCUGCAGAAAAGAUGCAUCUUUGCAUCGUUUGAGGGAGGGAUGCAUCAGCAUGUGGCCUGUAAGAAGCAGGUUGGUACUUCUCAUUACCAAGAUGUGAUAAGGUCUUACCUGAGGUACCUAUUCAUACUGGGGCACUUGAGAGAGAUGGGGUGUAACUGAAUAAAGUCUGAGGACAGAAAGUACUAAAAAGAGAUCAAAAGUAUCCUUUAAUCCAGAGAAGAGGAGACUGAAGGAAGAUGUGAACUUAUCUUUAAAUAUGGAAAAAGUUGUUAUAGAGAAUAUAGGAACACUCUUCUCCACAAGGAUGGUAGAUGCUGGCUAUUAAUUGAAAAGGCAAGCUGAGCAUUAGGAAAAGUCUCUUAGAAUGCACCUUGUUAGCAUUAGGAAAAGUCUCUUAGAAUACACCUUGUUAACCUAAGGAAAGGGUUAUUUCAGGUGGGGUGAACAGCCUGCCUUCCUUCACUAGAGUUUUUGAAAACAGAGAAGACAGCUAUAAUGGAGAUGCUUGAUUUUGUUGAUCAUGCCCCAGGGUUACAGGGAGAUAUCCCUGAGGUCUGUUUUCUAUAAUUAUACAGUAUGUAAGAGAAGGCAGGUGUAGUCUGGACAUACUGUAUCUCUACAGGACUAUGGCACGUGGCUCAUGCUGGCUAAGUUAUCUUUUGGUUUGUAUGUGAGCUUGGGAAUUUGAGAAUUUCAGAAUGCAGGGAAGAAGAGUUCCCCAGCACAUGUCUGAAAAGAAGAAAGAGGUAAGCUUAGAAUCCUGUGAACAGCUCUGAAGUGAGAGAAGCUCCAAAGGAAGAGAUACAUUGACCACAUCUAUGAAAGAGCAAAGCAGGCUGAUCGAAGUUGGCUGAAUACGAGUGUGUCUAAUUUGCACAUAUGGUGUGAGUAACUUGGGGGUCUGUUUUAUGAAAGCCCAUAGGUUCACUGACUUUUUUUUUAUUAUUAUUAUUUUGAGGUGUUUUGUAACUGAAUGUAAAGCUGUACUUGUGUGCACCUAAGCUGUACAGAGUGCAUUGAAGGGUGCUGCAGCCUGUAGUAGAUGGGCCCUUAAACAGGCGCCACAUUGUGUGGUGAGGAGGCACUGAAAGAAAGUCUGUGCACCUGUGAGCUCAGGCCAGAGCUGCUGCUGGAGAAGUCAAACAAGUACCCUUGGGGGAUUAAAACUCAUUUAAAAAUCAGUGGAUUAAAUCAUUUAAACAAAAAAGCAUAAGACAAAAUGACAGAUUCUGGAAGGAAAUGUGAUUCUCCCUCUUUUGAGAAAUUACUGACUGAGAUAAAGACAUAAUAGGAGGAAUGAUAGGAUGAAGGAUCAGCCUGCAUGGAAAUAUUGUUAGAUCACACAUUGUGUCACGGAAAUUGAGAUUAAUUAAUAUAAUUCCAUUAAUUUUAGCAUUUGUAGUAUAUAAUAUUAGACUGUCUUGUAGUGAGAGAGAAGCCACAUUACCUACCACAGGGUGAUGAACUCAGGCUCUUAAGGGCUGAGGCCUGGAACACGUCGCACGACUGCAGCAAUACUCAUUCCAACUCAUCCAUCUGCAGAAGGGUUUCAAAAGCUCCCGAUGAGAAGCCUUCUUAGACGCAUCUGACUGUGGAGCAGCUGGGUGGUGACAGUCAACUUCCAGUGACUUGAUGCAAAGUCAGAGUAGCAGUGAAAAUUUCUUUUCCCCUUCACCAAACAUUCAUUAAAAUAUUACUGAUUUUAUAGGCAGAUGGUUAUCUUUUAACAGGUAGUAUCAACAUUCCUUAAAUUUACAAGGAGACGUGCAGAAAUUACUUUGGUUCUUUGCAACUAUUCAACUUAAUUGAUCCUUAUACAAAAAAUGCAGGGGUGUGAAGGCAUUUGACAUUUCUGAUGAGCAUUUUUGUACUCUUAUGUAACACUGCCAUCCCGUGCCAGUAGAGUUCUUGCAUCGACCUGAAUUUUUGCAUAUUGUAUGAGAUACCCAGCCAAGGCCGGGUGUCUCUUCUCAUAUGCCUGAACAAGUAUUUAAAGUUACCAGAAAACCACAAAAUCCAAAAUAUCUGAAGUUUUGGGGGUUGGUUUGAUUUUUUUUGUUGUUUCAUUUUUAUUUUUUCAAACAUAAUGAAACCCCACUAAAACCAAACAAAUGCUUAGUAGGUGCAAAGCAUGUUUAAACCACUGUCUCUAGCACAGUAUGGCAAGUGUUAUUACAGAUUUUUCGGGGAGUCUGUUGCUGUAGCCGAUAAAUUUAAAAAGCUUCAUAGGAAAUUUGGAACUUCCAUAAGCUUUAUGGAGAAACUAGGUAGUACACUUUAUAUGAAUUAAUUACACUAUGUGUUCUGAUGCAUUUAUUGUCACUAGAAUGAUCUAGGUGUGAUAAAUAGCAAGCAGACGUGUGUGUUAGCUAAUCCCAUUUCAAGGUAUAAAUCCUUAGGUCACAGACACGUGUGCAGGAGGGAAGUGAUGCAACCUCUUUGGAGACGUAGCUGCCAGAAGUAAAUAGCUAAGUGUCACACAGCUCUUUAUUAAUAUCUUCAUGCAAGCUGAAUACCUUUGUUAGCUAAUUUAGGCAUUGGGGUGGCUGGAGUGUUUUUGUAUUCAUAAAAUGCAGUAAACAUUUUCCUGGAGAAGUCAUUGUUGCACUUCAGUAUCUUGUGAAUUUUUAAAGCAGGUGUGUUUUUAUUUAUUUAUGAGUUCCCUGAUAAGUUUGUCUUUGGUAUUGCCAUUAAAUUAUUCUUCCUAUUUUUAUAUUACCAUGAGGUAGCUAUAGCUUCUCAGACUGUUUUAGUCACCUUCUGCUCUCUACUCCUUCAAGAAUAGCAUUCUCAUUAAAGGACAAAAUUUAAAAAAAAAAUUAAAAACAACAACAACAAAAACCACCACCCUGCCCUGACUUAAAAAAUACUAGUUGCAUAAUUCUAGUAGCAUGUGCUGUAGAUCCUUUGAUCUCAGAAAAAUAAAACCUGUUAGCACAGCUUUGCAUCUGUUAGAGGACUAAAGUAGGCUGGAGAAAAAAAAAUUCUGAUUAUUAGUUCUAACCAGCUAAGUUCAGUUUUUUCUUUAGUUCAGAGUGUGGCUCAUAACACUUUCUGAAAUGUUGAAUUUUACUUAAUAUGAAGCCUCUUGUUUUUUUUCUCUAGCAGAGUUUUCAUGAGUGCUCUAGAAACAGGAAAUGACAAAUACUCUGGCAAAAAGUUCUACAUUAGCAAAAUUCACAUUUGGCCCCUAAAGCUGUAUUGAGGUACAGAAGUUCCCUGUGAACCAGGCAGUUCAAAUAGUUUGCUACUUUUUAGGUAUCUGAACUUCAGAUGAUAAGAAAAAUUAACAAAUUAUUCUGAAUAAAUCAUUAAAAAAAAAAAAUAGAAUACAAAGUGGAAAGUAAGAGUUAUCAUCAGUGCCAUUAAUAAUUAGUUACUAAUUAAUUAAAUUAUUCAUUGAUCAGUCCAGCAAAACUGCAAGAUCUGUUUCACAUAUGAGCAGGAAGGCUGACAUGGUCAUUCAGGUAAUUUUGCUAACCUGACUAGGUAGAAUUUAAGCCAGGUGGUCUUUACUCAGAGAGCAUUUCUUGAAGAAAUCAGAGGGUGCAGCAUCUUGAAGGUACUGCAACAUCCCCGCAAAGUCUUGGUCACUGGUAGUGUAGAAAGUCAGAUUUCAUCUUCUCACCUUGCCUCUUUUCUUUGAAUACGGAGAAAAGUAUUCAAACCGUGACAGGAGCCCUGUAAGAUCUUACAUGUAAAAGCUCUCCAGCACCACCUCAGAAGCACAAAGGUGAUCAUUCUGUGGAAUAGUUAUAGUGGUGAAUUGGUAUACAAUGCUGGUAAACAUCUUGUGGUCAAACCACAUAUAAAUGGGAAUACUGAGGUAAAACUGCUGAGAGAACACAGCAGCAAAUAGUGUGUCCUUUAGAUGUGUUUGGACUUGGGUUUGUAUUUACUGCAUCUCACAGUUUUUAAGUUGAGACAGUUUCUUUCUCUAGGAAACAUUGCAGGUUUCUUUCAAGAUAAUAAUUACUUUGACUUCUUCAAGUGGAAGAGUGAUUUGUUUUGUAGAAAGCAGCUUCUUUUCCCCAGAUGGUGCAAUGUGCUUUAUCAUGCGUAACGUGAUUAAACUGAAGUGGAUGAUACCAAGAGAGCAGAAGAAAUAAGAGGCUUAUGAAACAGAGGGUUUAUGUUUCUGUGAAAUAUGCUGAGACAUUUCUGCACAGUAGUUGACACUGCCUAGAUUGUCUUGCAAGUUCAUUAUGCAAAAUCAUUUUACUAGUUGUGGCAGUGGCUAUUUAUUCCACUUUCCUUAGUAGGGUGGCAGAGCAGAGUAAUCUUUUGCAGGCCAACCUUGGGGUAUAGAUGUAUUUGCAGUUUUCAUAUGUAAAUUUUCUCUGGGAACAGGAGCAGUAGAAUCACCUUAGCACUGAUUGCAUCUCAGUAAGUUACAUAACUUAGCUCUUUGGGGUAUUUUUUAAUUAACGCAGCUACCAUGCUUUAUUCUGAGCUGAGUUGCACAGAGCCAUGUGAACAUCCGAGCUUACUUGAGAUAGCUUGGUGAUCUCAAAAAAGGUGCUGUGUGAUAAUCUGGUGGUAGAGUGUUACAUUUCAGUUUUUUCACUUUGACCAAAAAUGUCAGAAGCAAGAGAAAAAAGUCAUGACUUCUGUAAUACUCUAUUUUUAUACUAUCAGUGGGGUGUUAUUUAAGAGUGCCAGUUCUGAGCCAAAGUCAACUGAAGAAAUAUCAGGCUGAGCUUCUGAUCCUGAACCAGCGAGUAGAAAAUCCCAUCCAUGCCCAGCAUGGCAGCAAUGCUUGCACUCUGCAGCUGGCCUUUUCCCACAGUAAGGAAGGAUCUUUUCUGCCUCUUGGGCUGGUGAGUUCAGUUUACUCUAUCCCUAGUUCUUGCUUGUGCUGUCUGUUCUUCCUAGGUUUGUCGCUGCCAGGAGACUCUGCUGCCUUUUAAGCUGAAGUUACAUCCAUGGACUUUUCUCCCUGAGCUGGGAGCGGCAGGUGAAUAUUUGAGUCCUGUUCUGGUAAUGCUGCCCAAAAGUAAAAGCCCAUGUACUAUUUUAGCUCGAGCCUGCCAUUUGGUACAGAACUGCUCUUUCUUUUCAUACACUUCAGCCAUUGCAGGUGUGUCCAGGUGACAGCAGGUCUGAAAGAGCUUAUGAGAUUCUCCUUGUUCCUGUGAGCAACAAGUUAAAUGUAGAAGUAUUAGAAGUUUACAGUGAAACCUUAAAUUGGAUUGACUCCUGACUCACUAUAUAUAUAUAUAUAUAUCACUUUCAGUGUGAGCCUGUUCACUUCCAUGUUCCAAAUGCAGGAUCUAUAAAUGUGAUUGCAAACAAAGUCUCCUCAUGGAUACCGAAGAAAGCUGACGCUCAGACACUUUUCAUCCUACCAUGGUACUGGAAAUGAAAUUCAUCUGACAAUAGGUUGUUUCUAAGUCUGUGAAUGUAUAUGGGGAAAACCCAAAUACAUGUCUUUUAUUCACUAUCCAGCAUGAAGACAAUUUUGUAUUUUAAAUGCUAAAGAAAUAAACUUUGAAGGAUCUUU